GGCAGGGUUGGAGGAUGCUUCACUGCAAAGGGAUCCCCCUUUCCUUCAGCUCCAGUAAAGCUUCCCUGUGUGCCAGCCUGGAGCCUGCAGGACCACACAGUGGAGUUGUGGAGGUUCCUUUUCCUGGUGGGAAUUCCCCUUAAAUCAGGGAGAGCCAGGGAGACACGGAGGAGGUCAGUGCUAACCGUGGUUAUACCAGACUCUGCUCACGUGCCGGACUGACCGUCUUGCCCUGAGCGGGUGGUACCGCAGGGUGAGAUGGCUGGGGGAGCUGAGAAGUCCUGCAAAGAGUUAACUCCAUUGAGACUAAUGGCUUCCUGGGGCUGAGUGAAGAGAGGCCUGUGAAAUGAGCUCAUGUUCACGGGAAGCAGAACUUCAAAGAGGCAUGUUUAUUUAAUGCCGGUAACUUAAUUCAGCUCUAAUCUGUCCCUUCUGCUGGUUGCCAGCAGAGGUGGAGGAGUGCAGGGCUUCUCCCAGGCACAUCCCCUCUCCGGCUCUGGGGCCUCCCGCUCCCACCAGUGUUUGCUUAGCUGGGGCGGCUGGGCAGGGUGCUGGUGGAGCUGGGGCCCGGCCAGCCACGCUGAGGGGAGCUUUCAGGAGGGCAAGUGUGUGUGAAGGGAGGAAAGGGAGGUCAAACGGCGAGGAAGAACAGCUCUCUGCGCACCAGGUUGGUAAUUACAUUGCUGUCAGGAUGUGCUGUCUGUGCGGUGGCCUGCUGGGAAAGCUCCGCCACGGCCGGCGGCCAGAUGGCUGUGGGCUCCCGGGGGUCUCCUGGAGCUCCUCUCUUGAUGCUUGGAGCUGGGGGGUUCAAAUAAACACGUGCCGCAGGGGAAACAGCUCUGGGGGUGCCUACGCACGUGGUUGGUCCUGAUCCUCUGCUCUGCAUCAGCUGGCGGGCUGGGGUUGGGGGUCGGCUCUGCUGGGCUUACAGAGCAAGGCGCAUCCUCAGUUUCUCCACACCGGCUUGGCAGCAGUUGGAGAAGGCAGGUCCCCGUGACUGUCCCAAAGGCAGGGGGCUUCUGUGGAGGUGCAGCAUUCCCACCCAUGCCAGCGGGGCACUCCUGGGGUUGUUUCUUGGGCAGGAAUCCCCACUCCACCCUUCACACGUAGUGUUCAGCAUCUUAGAUGUUUUUUCAUGCCUCUUACACAUGUGCUUUUUUACCCUUAAACACAUACCCUGGGCUUUUAGGAAAAUAAGGUGAGGUGGACUUCCUGUUAAACUAAGUGCUGGAUGGCAGCUCUGAGUUCUGCUCGAAGGGCAAACUGUUAAUGCCUUGCACAGGAGGUGCUCAUGAGUUGUGGGUUCAUUCCAGAGUUUUAGAAAUUAGCUUUUUUUUUUUUGACUGUUUCCAGAAGAGCUGUUUGCACAUCCGUUCUUACUGAGUCAAGCAGUCAUCCUAGAGAAAUAUUGCUUGAGGAAUAUUAAUCUAUCACAGCACAUAUAAAUAAACCAGCUGAAUUAAGGUCGUGUGGGGCAUCAAACCCAAACUUAUUGCAAAGGUUUUGGACUUUCCUGUUGCAUGGUGGGGUGAGAAUUAGGGCAAAACAGAGGAGAAUGGUGUUUCUCCAUCAUUAGAUAUUGCAGCACAGAAAAGCAAGGCCAAAAUACAUUGUGUGCACAUGAUGUGGAUUUUUUCAGCAUAAAACCCUGAAGGUGUGUUGGGAAGGAAUUAUCCACAUCUGCCAGGCCUGCGUGCUUUUCCGUUUGAGUCAUGUAGUGACUCAACUGACAUUGCAGUAGACGCAGAGCAGAGGUAGCUGAUAUUUCUCAAUCUGAGAGUUUCAAGGUUUGGAUUAAGUCGUGAUGCACAUAAGCAGUGUACAAGUCUGUGCACUGUAGCAAUGUUAGGUAGAAAUAUAAAUUGGGAGGAAAACAGAGAUUGAAGGAGGAAGAUACGUAGGUCAGCCAUUGUGGGUUAGCCCCGGUGGACAGCUGAGCCCCCCCGCAGCUGCUCGCUCGCCCUCCCAGCAGGAUGGGACAGAGAAUCGCAAGGAUAAAAGUGUGAAAACUGAUGUGUUGAGAUACAGACAGUUUAACAGGUAAAGCAAAAGCUGCCCACGCAAGGCAGAGCCAGGCAUUCGUUCCCCACCACCCAUGGCAGGCAGGUGAUCAGCCAUCCCCAGGAAAGCAGGGCUCCAUCACGCCUAAUGGUGACUUGGGAAGACAAACGCCAUCACUCCGAAUGCCCCCCCUUCCGUCUUCUUCCCCCCAGCUUUAUUUGCUGAGCAUGAUGCCAUAUGGUGUGGAAUAUCCCUUUGGUCAUUGGGGUCAGCUGUCGCAGCUGUGUCCCCUCCCAGCUCCUUGUGCACCCCCAGCUACUCACUGGCCAAGGCACCAUGAGAAACAGAGAAGACCUUGACACUGUCAAGCCCAGCUCAGCAAUAGCUAAAACUUGGGGGUGUUAUCAACACUGUUUUGGUCACAAAUCCAAAACACAGCACCAUGCGAGCUAUGAUUAAAGAAAGUUAACUCUAUUCCAGCCAAAACCAGUACAGUGCUUUUGGAAAAACUUUCUGCAUGGGUUUUUCUUUUCCUAAACUUCCUGCUCCAUGGGGAGUCUAUAAGCAACUUGAGUUUUCUGGCUCUUCAACAGGACAGAAACAAUCCUGUUCUCAGGUCACUGACAUAAGUGGAGCGCAGAUUUGGAAAGCUGCUCUGGAGAGUCCCUCUCCAUUAUAAGCAGUACAGAAAAUCAAUGUUAAGGAUCAACCUAAGAAUGCGGAUUGUUGCUUCGUCACUUUAAAUCAUGUCUGGGGAGAAAGAGCGAAAUGGAGGUGCCGCUGCUAAGUUUCAGGGCAAAAUGGAUUGAAGAGGGAAAUAUGAGACUGUGAUAAGAAUCACUGAGAAGAAAGAAGAAAGAGAUAAGAGGCUGGUUAAUGAUUGUAUUUUCUGGGGCCACCUGCCCUCAGCGGGGAGGUGGGAUGAAGGAAAUCCCUCAUGAACAGGCCUUGCAGAGAGGAGAUGCAACUGUUUCCAUGGGAAAAUUGGGUUUUCACAACCGAUCACAGACUAGAGAGAAGUUCAGUCCUUUGUAGUCAGGGAAACACGUUGGAAGAGGAUGCAUGAGAAGUUACUUUCUGAAGAGGUUUGUGGGAUGGAGAGCUGUGAGCCCCUGGGGGAAGAGGAACCAACCUGGGGUCUUGUCAGGUACCUCUGCGAGGUGGCUUCCAGCUCUGAGCUCUUCACCUGAGGAGGUGAUGCACCGAGGAGUCCGUCUGUGCCAGCCCGCCCGUAUUGCCGAAGAGACCGGAGCGUGCUGGCAGGGCCUGGCCUGCCCUUGUGUGGGUGCUGCGCCGGGAGCUGUAACUCCAGGAGGUCGCAGAGAGGCACAGAAUGCUGACCCUGGAGAGAAACUUCAUGAAGUUCUUCACGUUUUGCCACCGUUGCUGCCAUCUGAUUUAUUGGUUAACUGCUUGGUGUCUUCAAAUGAAGAUAAUGAUCAGAUGCUAGAUUUUCUGCCCAUGGGAAAAGUUGUGAUUCCAAAGAGCCCUUUACCUGCCUCCGAAGUAAACUCGGAGAAACCUAGCAUGCACAGUAGCACAAAGACUGUUUUGGGGCAUCAACAAGGGCAAAGGCGUCGCAAAACAGGGAAGAAGCGUGGUCGAACGACCAAAGCGCUAAUCCAUCACCCCAUGCCUACACCCUCCAAGUCAGUGGAGCCUUUGAAAUUCCCCAGAAAGAGAGGCCCCAAGCCUGGCAGUAAGAGGAAACCUAGGACAUUGCUGAACCCAGCACCCACCUCUCCAACAACCAGUACCCCAGAACCAGACACAAGCACUGUGCCUCAGGACGCUGCUACAAUCCCCAGCUCUGCCAUGCAGGCUCCCACAGUUUGCAUUUACUUGAACAAGAACGGCAGCACUGGGCCCCACCUAGACAAGAAGAAAGUUCAGCAGCUGCCAGACCAUUUUGGACCAGCUCGAGCUUCUGUUGUCCUGCAGCAAGCAGUACAGGCCUGCAUUGAUUGCGCUUAUCAUCAGAAAACAGUCUUCUCCUUCUUAAAACAAGGCCACGGGGGAGAGGUCAUCUCAGCUGUGUUUGAUCGGGAACAGCACACUCUGAACCUGCCAGCAGUAAACAGUAUCACCUACGUCCUCCGCUUCCUGGAGAAGCUCUGCCACAAUCUCCGCAGUGACAACCUCUUUGGGAACCAGCCUUUCACUCAGAACAGCCACAUGCAGCGGGCACACGAGUACGACCACGACAGGUAUCUACCAGACAGAAGCAGUUCGUUAGACGGCACUCUGCAGGGACCAGGCCGGGGUACAAAGCGAUAUUCCCAAGAUUCCCCUCCAUACAGUGCUCCUCUCUCCCCCAAGUUACCAAAGAAUGACCGUCACCCUUUGGAAGGUGAAACCUUUGUUCUGGGAGAUGGGCUCCCAGGCCCCCUGGAGCCUCGCCUGGACCCCAUGGACUCUGCCUUGAACUCUGUCAAUUCAUCCAGCCACAGCAGGAGCUCCAGAGACUAUCGCCUGCAAGGAUACAGGCACCUGCACCAACCCUCUAGCCUCACCCAGGGCAGUACCUCUGCCUUGCGUAGGCUUAGCUCUGGGGGUUCUGACAGAUACCUCGGAUCUCGCGAUGUCUCACGGCUCAGCAGCCGCGACCCCUCAUCCUGGACGGUGGAGGAGGUGAUGCAGUUCAUACGAGAAGCGGAUCCUCAGCUGGGACCCCACGCUGACCUCUUUCGAAAACAUGAGAUCGACGGGAAAGCCCUGCUCUUGCUGCGGAGUGACAUGAUGAUGAAGUACAUGGGGCUGAAGCUGGGGCCAGCCCUGAAGCUCACUUACCACAUUGACAAGCUAAAGCAAGGCAAGUUCUGAGAGGACGCUUGGCAGGACGGAUCCUGGAAGCUCCGCUCCUGGCCAUCCAUACCCGCGCUCGCCUGCUGACAGGUACGCAUGCACACACACCCAUUUACGCCGCAGACGGACACCUCGCCAACACCCCAGCCCUGCUGCAGGGGUCCAGCCGCCCGCCCACCCCUGCGCCAGCAGCCAGGCCCCGGCGGGCGCUCGGGAGGAGGCUGGCACGUGCUUGGUCCCGAGGCUUCGCACCAGACUCAGUCGUGGGCAUCCUCUUUGGAAGCGGAGGGUCCCUCCCUGCUGCCCAGCCAGUGCUUCUCUGCAGGCUCCCGGUCCUGCUUCCCUGGGAUGGAGCAGCAGCUCUGGGCAGAGCCCAUGGGGACUGGGUGCUCGUGCCAGCUCCUCUCCCUCGCUGUGGCUCGUGUGCUCCCGGCCUCGCCUGCUCAGGGCGGCCCUCAGCUCCCAGCCCCUCACAGGGGGGUGGGCCGGGGGGGCUGGACGCUUUGCCAGGCAGCCCAGCUGCGAGGGGGACAGUGCCCCCAACCCACGCUCAGCCCCUGUAGCACCGCAUCGAGCUCAGAGCAACAACCACCCCCAUCCUUGUCUUCCACGCCUGGGGCGCGCCCAGACACCCGUCCCGGUGGCCACUCGCCUCCUGAGCUCUGCCAGCCCCUCAGCUCCUAGCCUUCCUCUGGCUGGGGAUGCCGGGCCGGGGAUGGAGGCCUUCAUAUUUAUUUCUGACUGGGGAGGCGGCACACGGCGCUGCCCAGGAGCAUGGAGCAGGCUGUGGGAAAGCCGAGGAGCGUGGCUGGGUCUGGCGUGCCCGUGGCAAGGACGCGCCUGGGUUGGUGUCGGAGGCUGGCUGGAUGCUGCAGGACUCAACUGAUUCUUUUUUUUUUUUUUAAUUUUUUUUAUAAGGAGUUGUUUAAAUUGAUGAAAUGAUUUUUUUUCUACCUGUUAUUGAACUCGCAACUCUUGGUGAUUUUUAGCCAGAGAUGCAAAGGUUCGUCUUCCCAGGAGCCCUCCCAGUCCUCUGGUGUUUCGGACUACCGUCCCAGCGCAGUGUGUGCAAGAGGGUGUUGGGUCUGGCAACAGUGUGGUGACCUGCCCUUGCGUUGCUCUUCUUGCAAGGGCUUGGCCCUUCCCGGGGGCACCUGUUUGUUUCAGACAGUCUAAUGUAUUUAUUGUUGAUGGCACUUGAGCGGUAACCCGCUGUUCCAGACAUGUUACUGCAGCUGCAGGAGGAGUAUCAGAGCAGAGGCCACCCAGCCGUGCCACCACGUCCCCUGCACAGCAGCUGCCGGGCUGGGGGCUGCCUGUGGGGACAGGGGCUGCCCGUCCCCUGGAGCGUCGCCUGCCCUGGCCUGGAACGAGCUGGGGAGGGCUGACGGGGAGCGGUGGAGGCAAGGGCUGGCCCAGGCACGCGCCCAUAUGUGCACCCACAGCGCGCUCCUGCACACGCUUCCUUUCUGCAAAGACCAAAGUGCUGGGACAAGGGUCUCCACUGCGAGCACUUCUUUCUUCUCCUGUCUUAACUCACCCUCCGUGCAUCCAGAGCAACAUCUCGCACCCUCUUCCCUGCCAACCUCAAGGGCCCUGGCCAGCAGCAGAACGGGCCCCGUGGUGAACAACUCUCCAGUCUCUUGCACUGGGUCAGGUUUACCCCUAAGGGGAAAAGUUGCAAAAAAAAAAAAAAAAAAAAAAAAUACCCCAAAGUAAUACAAAGGCUUUUAGUUGUACAGCAAAGUCUGUGCUGCAGUCCCUGCUGCUGCGGCAGCGUGGUCAAGAGGGAGGUGGGGCUCCGGCCACUCGCAGAGCCCUGUCGCUCACAGCAUUGGCCCCGGGACACCCCUCGUUUUUACCUGACGCUGAUCCCGCUGCAGACAGGUCCCCGUGCGGGGUCAGCCAGUGCUUUCCUCUGCACGUAUUUUACAUUGAUUUGUUUAUAAAUAAAAGGAUAACUAUGUUCCUCCCC